UCCCAUAAUAAAGAGAAUUUCGGAUGUAACCAAAACUCGAGCUACCAAGCCUGAUCACCUGCUCAGAGUGGAUGAUCAUGACUUCACAAUGAGACCUGCAUUUGGUGGCCCAGCAAUCCCGGUUGGUGUUGACGUGAUGGUGGAAAGCCUGGACAGUAUCUCAGAGGUGGAUAUGGAUUUCACCAUGACCCUGUACCUGCGUAAUUACUGGAAAGAUGAGCGCCUCUCUUUCCGCAGCGCCACCAACAGAAGCAUGACCUUCGACGGUAGGCUGGUCAAACGGAUUUGGGCCCCUGAUGUUUUCUUCGUUCACUCCAAGCGCUCAUUCAUCCACGACACAACCACUGAUAAUGUGAUGCUGCGCAUCUUCCCUGAUGGAAAUGUGCUGUACAGCAUAAGGGUUACCGUGACAGCGAUGUGUAACAUGGAUUUCAGUCGUUUUCCUCUCGACACACAGGCCUGUUCCCUGGAGAUAGAGAGCUAUGCUUACACUGAAGAUGACCUUAUGCUGUAUUGGCGGAAUGGAGCCGAUGCACUGAAAACAGAUGAGAAGGUCUCCUUGUCACAAUUUCUCAUACAGAAAUUUCACACUACCUCCAAGCUGGCAUUCUACAGUAGUACAGGUUGGUACAAUCGUCUGUACAUUAACUUCACCCUGCGUAGGCACAUAUUCUUCUUUCUGCUGCAAACCUACUUCCCAGCGACUCUGAUGGUCAUGUUAUCCUGGGUGUCGUUCUGGAUCGACCGGCGAGCUGUACCGGCCAGAGUUUCAUUAGGUAUAACGACAGUUCUCACCAUGUCGACCAUUAUCACGGGCGUAAAUGCUUCCAUGCCGAGGGUGUCGUACAUUAAAGCCGUGGACAUCUACCUGUGGGUUAGUUUUGUGUUCGUCUUUCUCUCAGUGCUGGAGUACGCAGCUGUGAAUUACCUGACUACAGUGCAAGAGAGGAAAGAACAAAAACUCCACCAAAAGUUCCCCUGCACAUGUGGAAUCACCGGCAGCAAGACCAUGAUGUUGGAUGGCACCUACAAUGAGUCUGGCGUCAACAACCUGGCUGGAUUCACCACAACUCCAAUGAUAACUCCGGAUAGAGUCAAGCAGGACAGGAUGGUGGUUCACAUGUCCAUUGACGGAGAAACUAAUCUACAAAAGAAGAGACGUCUUAGGGAAUUUGUUGACAUAGGAUUCUUUAAGAAUACCCACUCAAUUGACAAAUAUUCCCGAAUGGUAUUUCCAGCUUCUUAUAUAUUUUUCAACUUGGUGUAUUGGUCUGUAUAUCUAUAGAUACCAUUCUGAGUGAGUUUUUCCUCCUUUAAAACCAAAACACGUAUAAUGAUGCAGCAUUUGUACAGUAAACAGAAUGCACAAACUAAGAAAAAGAACAAAUGUGUGCAGUAUUAAUGCAUUUAUUAAUGAAUUUGUUGUGGCUCUUACCUUGCUUUUGAAACUCUGCCUUGAAAUUCAACAUAUAUCCAACAGCCUAAACAUAAAUAUUUAUUUUUAUGCAAAUUUAAAUAUGUUUAAAUUUAACCUUAAUGCGAAUUGGCUUGCUCACCAACCUUUCAGCUCUACAAUUUGGGGUCAAAUUAGCACAGAAUGAGCUGAUAAAAGUUUCCACUGUCUUCUUGGUGGUAAUGAUCCUGUACUUUUGACUUUAGAAAUACAGCGCGGAAACUGGACCUUCGGCCCACUGAGUCCGCACUGACCAUAAUCACUAACACUAUCCUACACACCAAGGACAAUCUACAAUUUCCCCAAAGCCAAUUAACCUACAAACCUGUAUGUUUUUGGAGUGUGGGAGUAAUCCAGAACACCCGGAGAAAACCCACGCGGUCACAGGGAGAAUAUAUUAACUCCGUACAGACGACACUGCAGUCAGGAUUGAACCUGGGUCUCUGACGCUGUAAGGCAGCAGCUCUAAGAUGUAAAGAUGUCAC